CUCCACGGGCUAAGAUCAAAACCCCACAUGUGUCUUUGGCUGCAUGCCAGGGUCUCAGAGCCCCCUGCCAGCGGCUCUGGCCAUCCAGGGCACCCAGAGGGAUGUCCUGGAUUCCCACAUGUGAACAGCUUCAUGGCUAGGUGUCCCGCGUGUGUCAACCCCCAGCACGCAGCCCUCCUAACAGAGGAGGGCUAACCCCACCACAAAGACUGCUAGAAGGACAAACAGUUCCAGAUGAGCCCAGGAGCACCAAAGGCUCCUGGGAGAGUUUUGCCCCUUACGUAACUCGAGGUUUCAGUGGUUCCGUGCAGCAGCAGGCCCCUCGGCACCUUGCACUGUGCCUGCGUAAGCACGGCGGCGGCAGGCGAGGGAACUUGCGACGCCGUGUCUGGGAAGCAAGAGGGAGGGAGGGAUCAAAGUGCAAGAAGGGCCAUGUUGGCAGCGAACUCCGGCAGUGCUGAGGUACUGACAUCCGUGCUGGGACGGUCUUCUCUAAAGAAGCGUCCAAACAAAACUAAACAAAUUAAUCUGAGCCCUCAUGGACCCCCAAGCUACUCUAACAGGACAAUCUGGGUGAGCUUAGCCCGGUCGGCUUUUCGUGCUGGUUAGCGCAGCAGGAGAAGGACAGGAAGCGCAAGCCUGACCCUGGCUCGGGUUGUGGAGCUGGGCUUGGCUUGUUUCCUUGGUCACAUGCAGCUGACUCGGUAUCGGGAAAAAGCACUGCCCUCAGAACCGAAAGAGAAAGCAGAUAACUAUCUUCACGUGACAAAAACAGCCUGUGGGGACAGGCACCAGCCAGCACAGCACCGGCAGCAGCCACAGAACCACUUGGCUCCUAGAACGGCACCACAGCCCUCUCCAGCGUGUUUCAGCUCCGCACCCACCCAAAUGGGCAGCCCAUUCAGAACAAUGGGCGUCCUCCAUGUGAGCUUCCAGUCUCUCCAGAAGUCUUUUGAGAAGAAGCCCUCCAAGCGAUGCUACAAGAAGUGAAGGAAAAGUGACCAGGGGAAGUGGACAGCGUGAAGCAGGAGCCUGCAGGACGGCACUAGAGGACAAUACACAUUCCGGGGAGGGGAGCAGAGUUGGGUUUGCCAACCAGUCUGAGAGAGGAGCAAGGUGGAUGGCAAUCACAGGGCACGGCUCCCCAGGCAACCAAGAUAGAGGAGCACCAUGUCUACCAGCCUCAGUGGGUAGCAGAGCUCCAGGCAACCCCACAGCAGCUUUUACCAUGGUAGCAAGAAAGCAUGCAGGCACCAGCCUGGCUCUGCUGCCACAGAGGUGUAGCAAGAAGCUGCUGCAUGUGCUGACUUUACUGGAAACUGUUGGGACCUUGGCCUUGAUGUCCUACGCCCUGCUGUACGAAGCCGGAAACCUGGUGAACCUCCCUGACAAACGCAUUGGCUUUUACAACUUCUGCCUGUGGGAUGAUACAGCUGGGGAGCUGCAGUGCCUGGACACCAAGCAUCUACAGGCAAUGGGCAUCAACCUACUACAGCUGGGACUAGCCAGGGUUUGUGUGUAUACCUGCCUGGUCUUCGUCCUCUUCCAUCUCCCUUUUGUUUUAAAUGUGAAUUGCACAGGGCGGGGAGAGGGAUGGAAGAUGAUUCGCAUCAUACUCUUCAUCAAGAUGAUAAUCCUGGCUGGAGGCCUGGGUAUGUUUCUUUUACAAACCUGGCGGUGGAUUCAUCCCUCUGAUUUCACUGGAGGCUUCCUGGCACUGCUUGGGACUCAGGCUCUGCUACUCCUGCAGAUUCUCACUGCCACUGUAUACCUCAGCUGGGCCAAGCACACACAUAUGUGUCAAAACCAUUUAACUGAGGAGGCCCUGCUCACUAAGAUUUGACAGUGAAGAAGAUGCAAGAGCUAUUGGUAACAUGGUUUAAAAAUGUAAUCCAAAUACAGCUUUAGUCCCUAGCAAAAAUCUGAUUCCCAGUCCAAAGACUCGUGUCCAGCCAUGCUCUGGGACAUUGCUGUGUGCAGCAUUCCUGCGUCAAGCUGGCAGCAGACACCAACAGCCACAGCAAGCCACAGCAUACAAGCUUCCCAGGUACAGGCUGCACCUUCCCAGGUUCAAUAGCGUGUAACAUCCUUCAGUUUGGGGCACAGCAUCAGUGACAGCACUUCUGGCCCCAAAGAGCAGUGAAGGUAGCAGAACCAGCACACAGUGGGCAUAGCCCUCUGCUCAUACCUAGUCUAAGUGAAAAAAGUUGCUAGUAUCUCAUAGUAUGCGAUUAAAUUUGUAAUUAACUAACAAAAUGCUUUCAAUACAUUUUGUCCUACUAUAUAACAAAGAUAAAGGGAUUUUAAAAACAGGAUGUGUAGAUCAUGUUUAACUAGGAACUAGCAAAUGUUCAGGAAAAUGUAACCAAAUAGGUAAUUUCUUCAUAAAUAGACCGGAUACAUACAACUUAAAAUAAAUAAGCAGCCAGUCAACAACCAACCCUCAAGGCUGUGAAGAACGCCAUCUAGGAUAAUACAAAAGUACCACCAGAAAGCAGUUUUGUAGUUUGAAAACAAGAUGACAGAACAUGCACAGAUGACUGAGCAUGCACCAACUAAGAAAGUGCAGUAAAAGGACAAGUGAUGCAGAUGAUGAUUAAACGACCACCAAAACCUCUACGGGGGUAGUAAUAACCCCUAAAGGACGCCAGAUGGCAGAAAAGACUGAAACAGUUAACUCUGGUUCAUUUUUCAAAAUAGGCGUUUUAUGUUAUUGAUUUUUCUGUGUAGUGAAGAUGUAACAGCCUAGUAAGUAUAUGCUGCAUCAAUUCAUCCAGUGCCUGGGAGAACUUAAAUAAAUAAUGCUUGCUUAACAGU